AUGUGUUUCCUGUUUCGGAAUCCUGUUUGUCAAUCAUAUCCUUACUCACUAAGUGACAUCAGCCUGCCAGACAUAUGGAGUUUAGAAAGAAUAGGAAUUGCAGAUCCAGUCGAAAGUCAAACAAAAAUUGAGCCAUGCCAGGCUGCUUAUGAACAUUUUCAAAGCAAUCUAAAUUUUAACAAUGAAGGUAGGUAUGAAGUAAAGUUACCUUGGCUUCAGUUACACCCUGCACUUUCUGAAGGGAGAGAAUUAGCAGAAAGAAGAUUGCGAACAACAAUUAACAGAUUGAAAGCAGCUCAAAUCGUAGAAGCUUAUCAAGAUGUCUUGCUGGCUUGGUUGAAUGAAGGAAUUAUUGAAGAAGUGAAUAUGGAUAAUGAGGUUCUACCUGGACAUUUUCUUCCCCACAGAGCUGUAAUUAAAAAUUCAUCAACGACAGCACGAACAAAGAAUUCAACCUCUUUGAAGGAAUGUCUUGCCAAAGGGACUAAUUUUCUGGAACUUAUUCUCACUGUUUUAACUCGUUUCCGCAUGAAAAAAUUUACGGUAACCGGGGAUAUUAAACAGGCCUUUUUACAGGUCAGUGUCUAA